AUGUUGUCUGGGUUGCCUGAGCAGCAACACAGCAGCGUGUCAACCAGCAUGGUUAGCAAAAUCAGGGACAGGAACUGCACAUCUGAUGGCACUUGUGAGGAGCAGCCGCCAUCUAAUGAGUGCCACAGGACUGUGAGCAGAGCAGAUGCCACACAUCUCUCCAGACUGAAGACAGAAGACGUGAAGCAUCUGCAGCCAUUCUGCAAUAACUUAAUCUUGAGCAACAUCUGGGAAAUGGAUCUACUAACUGCAAUUAUUUUCCUGGCUGCUUUGCUACACCAAUCUGAUGGACAGGGCUUUCCAUAUAAAAAAGUGAACGCUUUCUCCUUUCCUCAUUUUAAGUCUCAAAAUGAAAAACUGAUCCUUGAGCUACACAAUGAAAUUCGGAGAUCUGUAAUUCCCACAGCCAGGAACAUGCUGAAGAUGGUGUGGAGUGACAAAGCUGCCAAAAAUGCUCAGAAAUGGGCAAGUCAGUGUGGAAUGAAAGUCAGUCCAAGAGACAAGAGAGUUAUUAAUGGUACUGAUGAGGAUGGAGUGUGGAGUGACAAAGCUGCCAAAAAUGCUCAGAAAUGGGCAAGUCAGUGUGGAAUGAAAGUCAGUCCAAGAGACAAGAGAGUUAUUAAUGGUGUCACCUGUGGUGAGAAUGUGUUACUGUCAUCCUACCCAAGAACAUGGGCUGACACAAUUCAAGUGUGGUACAGUCAGUCCUCCAAUUUCAAGUAUGGAUAUGGAGCAACCUCAAAAAAUGUCAAUGUGGAGAGCUACACUCAGCUAAUCUGGUACAACAGUUACAAGGUGGGAUGUGGAGUUUCCUACUGUCCCACAGGACCUUACAAGUACUUUUAUGUUUGCCAAUACUGCCCUGCAGGAAAUAACCCAAUGCAAAUAGCUAUGCCUUACAGAAGUGGACCAAGAUGUGCUGACUGUCCUGGCCACUGUGACAAAGGACUUUGCACCAACCCUUGCAAGUAUCAAGACCUCCUUGGAAACUGCAGGAAUCUGAAGAUGUUGUUUGGCUGCAGCCACUCACUGGUGAAGAAGCAGUGUCCUGCAAGCUGUAAAUGCACCACUCAAAUCAUCUAA